CGGCAAGCCAGUUUAAACCCGCUUCCUGAUGUAGACUUCGUUCUUCAUUAGUGGUGUUCAGUGACUGUUCCCCUUGUUUUUGUCAGAAUCCGGAAGCGAUCAUAUUUCAUCUAACUAUUUAGAGAACGAGGAAGUUUGGAUGCAAGACAGUAGAAGUAUUGUUUGCAGGUGUGAGUACUAGACCCGCCUCCUCGUCUCGCCCCAUCUCAGGUAAACCUAGAUCCCUGUACACAGUGUCACAGUUGGGUCAGUGGAACCUGAAGUGUGAAGCUUCAGCUGGCACCAGAGACUGGAGACGCACACCGCGGGCAGUCUACCCAUGGCAGCGCGCAACGGGUCUGCGAGUGAUGCAGACUGCCGCAUCUCCGAGGACUGCCACAUCUCGCCAGACGUGGAGCUGAUGGAGUUGGGGCCCCUCCUGGAGGAGGCCGGCCCGUCUGGGGGGGCCAAGGGACUCGCUUCAGAGGGAGCCACAGGCCUGGCUGAUGAGGAUGAGGACGAUGAUGACGUUGGGGGGAUCCUCACUCUGCCCCUACAGGCUCACCAUGCCAUGGAGAAGAUGGAGGAGUUUGUGCAUAAGGUGUGGGAGGGCCGCUGGCGUGUGAUCCCGUUCCACAUGCUGCCCGACUGGCUGAAGGAUAACGACUACCUCCAGCACGGGCAUCGCCCCCCCAUGCCCUCAUUCAGGGCCUGCUUCGGGAGCAUCUUCAGGAUCCACACAGAGACCGGCAACAUCUGGACACACCUGCUGGGUCUGAUUCUGUUCAUUUGUCUGGGCACGCUGACCAUGCUGCGGCCCAACAUGUACUUCAUGGCGCCCCUGCAGGAGAAGGUGGUGUUCGGAAUGUUCUUCCUGGGAGCCGUGCUCUGCCUCAGCUUCUCCUGGCUCUUCCACACCGUCUACUGCCACUCCGAGAAAGUGUCACGCACCUUCUCCAAGCUGGACUACUCAGGCAUUGCUCUGCUGAUCAUGGGGUCGUUUGUGCCGUGGCUGUACUACUCGUUCUACUGCUCCCCUCAGCCGCGGCUCAUCUACCUCACCAUCGUGUGUAUUCUCGGGAUCGCAGCCAUCGUUGUGGCACAGUGGGACCGCUUCUCCACGCCGCGCCACAGACCCACCAGAGCCGGUGUGUUCAUGGGCCUGGGACUGAGUGGCAUUGUUCCCACAAUGCAUUUCACCAUCGAGGAGGGCUUUGUGAAGGCAACCACAGUGGGGCAGAUGGGCUGGUUCUACCUGAUGGGGGCGAUGUACAUCACCGGGGCGGGUCUGUACGCUGCCCGGAUACCCGAGCGCUUCUUCCCCGGGAAGUGUGACAUCCUGUUCCACUCUCACCAGAUCUUCCACGUGCUGGUGGUGGCGGCCGCCUUCGUCCACUUCUACGGCGUGUCCAACCUGCAGGAGUUUCGCUACGGCCUGGAGGGUGGCUGCACUGAUGACACUCUCCUCUGAACCCCCCCCCCACCCCCCCUCACCUUCCCCUCUUCAGUCCCAUCUCACCUCAGACCCCCUCUCCUCAUCCCCCCCCUCUUGGAAACGUGCUGCUGGAUAAUUGAAUAGGUCAUGAACUCCUCUCCUCUCCGCUCUUCAUUGUGCUCUUCAUUCUCCUGUCUAUCACCUCAUUGGGUUUCCUGCUAGGUGUUUUAUAUCUGGGGCUGCUCUGGUUUCAGGUAGAGUUAGCGUCUGACCUGUGGGCCAGUGUUGCAGUGGCAUCUCUGUAGUAAGCUGGGUUGAAGGGGUUAGCUGUAGCGGGUUGGGUUAGCAUCCGAUGCAUCUCUAUUAAGCUGGGUUGAAGGGGUUAGCUUAAGUGUGCUGAGUUAGCGUCUGAUGCUGGGGUUAGCAUGUGAUGCAUCUCUUUAUGGUAAGAUGGAUUGAAAGGGGUUAGCUGUAGCGGGUGGGGUUAGCGUCUGAUUAAUCUCACUCUGGGCAGCUGGGUAGAUUCUGGGGUUCUUUUGGUGGAAAUCAGUGAUGUUCGAGCACUUUACUCUCAUACACAUACCCCUCAUUUAGGCCAGAGUGUCUUCUGUUUAGGACGCCUUGUCUCCAGUCCUGCAGGGGCUCUCUCAUUCAGGCCAGAGUGUCUUCUGGUUAGGACGCCUUGUCUCCAGUCCUGCAGGGGCUCCGUCCCUCCCAGACAGACAGCAGAGGGGGGGGACGCUGGACCUUUCUGGAGUCAGACUGGAUCCUGAGCUGACUGCUGUUUAGGGCUGUGGGGCAGUUAAGGCAUUUCCCCCCACCUGUCCAUUACCUGAUUGGCUAAUACGCAGAGCGGGCAUUCAAUCCUUGAACAAGUAAAUGAUGUAUUGUUUUAUAAGCAGACUGGGAACGCACACAGGGUGAGCUGGAGGGGUGGGGGGUGGGGGGGUAGAAUAAAUAGGUCAAACCCUCUCUUGAGGUUCCACUGGCAUCUUAAGCCUUCGUCGGCAUAGAAGGAUGAACUAGGAACUCAGUAGGUCAAGCUGUUGCACCUUACAAUCCAUUAUUCCAGAUGAUAAUAUAAAGUGCUGCACAAGGUCCUCCAUGCAGUCUGUGUACAAUAAUCCUUUAGUAUUCCUGUGCCUUAGGCCACCGGAAAUAGUUUUAAAUAGACGGGCCACCACUGCAGUCUAGUGAACUUAGGGUCUUGCAUAUGAAUAUUCUUUUUUUUCUUACUCCAAUCCAGUCACUAGUGAAUGUUGACCUCCAUCAAUGCAUUUUCUCAAACUGCUGUAUAAGACUAGGGUAAGCUCCCUUUUAAAGAAGCUUACUUUAUGUGGCUUUAUUUGGAAGACUAAAAACAAUCUGUGUACUCAUUUCUUGUUAUGUGUAGACCAGUGGUAAAUCAAACAUUUCACUGAAAAUGUGAAGAUUAUAAUAAAUAUUUAUGAAUGAUAA